AAAGUUGCCCCCCACCACUCCCGCAUAAAACCCAAAACGCUUCCUUCUCUAUCUCUCUCCGUCUCUCUCGCCAAAUUCAUCGUUUGAAAAAGAUACGUCUCUUCGACAUCUCUUCCUUCUUCGUCUCCUCGAGACAUGUCCCUUAACCACCCCCUCUCUACUUCAGACGACACCCCGGACACUCUCUGGUGGACUACUCACCCAACCACCAUGUUCCACCAACACGACGACCCACAAGACGAGGGCUCGCCGCCGUCGUCGGCGGAGAGGGAGCCGAUGUUCGAGAAGCUGCUGACGCCGAGCGACGUUGGGAAGCUGAACAGGCUGGUGAUACCGAAGCAGCACGCGGAGAAGCACUUCCCGCUGGUCGGCGAGGGGAAUCAGCUGCUGAGCUUCGAGGACGAGUCCGGGAAGUGGUGGAGGUUCCGCUACUCCUACUGGAGCAGCAGCCAGAGCUACGUCCUCACCAAGGGCUGGAGCCGCUUCGUCAAGGACAAGCGCCUCGACGCCGGCGACGUCGUCCUCUUCCAUCGCCACCGUGCCGACUCCGACCGGCUCUUCAUCGGUUGGAGGCGGCGGGGGGAGUCGUCGCCUGGUGUCUCCGCCUCCGCAGUGGCGGCGGAGACACGUGGCGGCGGUGGGGGUUUCUGUGCCGUGCGGCGUCCUUAUCCUGGGCACAAUGAUGGGCCGCCCCAACCUGGCUCCUAUACUCAUAGUCAAGCUGGAGGCACCUCCGCCGCCGCCGCCGCCGCCGCCGUGGGAAACAACCCGAGGAGGGUGAGACUAUUUGGCGUGAACUUGGAGUGCCGACUCGACGGCGACGAGGAGUCCGAGCCACCGGGCUCGAGCCACGGUCCGACCCACCACGAGGACCUCUCCUCUAAUUCAUCAAGCUCUAAGCCCUCACAUGGUCUUCACUUUAUCUGAGGAAGAUCGCGUCAACCCACAUGAGAAAUCGCCGAGGACAAGAUCAGUGGACGUGACUUCUUUCCUCUUUUUUUUUUUUUUCAUUUUUAAAUUGACUAACUGAGCCCAACUCGGAGUGCUCAUUGGAAAUAUUCACCAUUGACAAGAAAGGGUUGAACGAAUAAGCGAAAAAAAGGGGGGGAAAAUCCCAGAUUUUCAGGCAAAAAUCCUGAAGGUUCACAGCAAAGGAAAAUCGAAUUGAUCAAGGAAGGGCUAAGAAACAAGGAGGGACUGUAGAUGGGGCACAUGAAGAGAGAGAGAGAGAGAGAG